AGAUUGUGAUUGUUUUAUUAUUUAAAAUCUACAGAUAAAGACCGUCGGUCCUUGACGCAAGUUUAUUGUUGCACUCUCGUUGUUUUGUGCUAAACAAUUGCAAACAAUGUCUGCUCCACCCAAGUUCGCCGGUACAGGACUAGAAGAGGUCAAUGUUCCAGGACAAGCAUAUCUUCGUGACGCUCUCUCCUGCUGCGAUGAUCCCCUGAAAGCAAUAGAAAACUUUCAGUUGGAGAAUGGCAUUCUGCUACCGUCGUUAAGACCAAUGCUUCCUCUGCUGGAUUUGCACGGAGUUCGGCGACUUGAUUUUCACACAUCGGUUCUGGAAGAACUACGAGACAAGCUGAUAGCGCACAUCAAUGAAGUAGGGGCAAAGGAAGGUCGCGAACGUGACCGCAAGCUUAAGGAGCUGCUGGUGAAGAGUUUCCCUGUGGUGCGCGUGAAAGCCCUGCGCCCGGUGGUAAUGUGCAUUCUUAGAAACACCAGCCAUAUCGAGGAUAAGUAUUUAAGAAUACUGGUUCGAGAUCGUGAACUUUAUCAGGACACCGACACGGAAGUUAAGCGACAGAUUUGGAGAGACAAUCAAUCCUUGUUCGGUGACGAAGUUUCACCUCUGCUUUCACAAUACAUCAGGGAAAAGGAACACAUCCUUUUUGAUCACAUGAAUUUGAACAAUCUGUUCUUCACCCCGACUCCGAAAGUAAGACGACAGGGUGAAGUUGUUCAAAAACUGGCGCACAUGAUUGGAAACAGUGUGAAGCUGUAUGAUAUGGUGUUGCAGUUCUUACGAACACUUUUCCUAAGGACCCGUAACGUUCAUUAUUGUACAUUGCGAGCCGAGUUGUUGAUGGCUUUACACGACCUAGAGGUCCAGGACAUUAUCUCCGUUGACCCGUGUCACAAGUUUACUUGGUGUUUGGACGCCUGCAUUCGAGAGAAAAAUGUUGACAUCAAACGAUCCCGUGAAUUGCAAGGAUUUUUGGACAACAUCAAACGUGGCCAAGAACAGGUCCUCGGCGAUCUUUCCAUGACACUGUGUGAUCCAUAUGCCAUUAAUUUCUUGGCAACUUCAGCGGUUAAAAUAUUACAACAUUUAAUAAAUAAUGAAGGACUACCGAGGGAUAACACAAUUUUAAUAUUACUAUUGCGAAUGUUGGCGUUAGGUUUAUCAGCGUGGAUUAUGAUCGAUUCGCAAGAUUUUAAAGAACCCAAGUUGGAUAGUCAAGUUGUCACUAAAUUUUUGCCGGCCUUGAUGUCGCUGAUGGUUGACGAUCAGGUGCGCAAUUUACAUUCCAAACUACCACCGGACGAGCGUGAAAGUGCUAUAACUACUAUUGAACACUCUGGACCUGCUCCGGAUGCCGUUGAGGCGUACAUCCAGGAAAGUUCGGUGGCUUCAAUUCUUGCAAUGUAUUACACUCUGCAUACAUCUCGGCAAAAAGAUCGCGUUGGAAUAUUGCGAGUCAUGGCGAUUUUAGCUUCUUGCAAGGAUGAUAGAGCGUACGAGGAUCCAUUCUUACAUUCUCUAAUCGCACUUUUGAUCCCAAUGUCCGAAGAAUUUGCUAACGAGGACUUCUGUACCGGUUUAUUCGAUGAGUUCCUGUUUGCCGGUCUUACGCGGGACAAUGUUACGCGACACAUGCUAAAGCUGCUGUGGUACGUUCAUCAACGAUUGCCGCAGGGUCGGUUGCAGACGCUAAUGAAAGCCUUGCAGCCAAACGCCCAGCACCACGAGAACGUCCACAAACUGUACGAGAACUUGCAGAAACGGGUAAUCGCUGCUCACCAGGAGCCGGUACCGGAACCGAUGGAAACCGACUUCGAUUCGCCACUGAAAAGUGUACCAACGCCAGGACCGCAUUAUGUUUAGGCCAAAAAGUAUUAGACUUAUAU